ACGUGUGACUCCGGAAAGACGGAAUGGUCCUCGCUUCCACACCACAAGCACACACACUGACCAACCCCAGCGAACGUUUCGAAGAGAGAAGUUCAUUUUCAUCCUUCUUUCCGGUUUUACAUUUGUCUCAGGUUAUUACGAGCGUUCUUACUUUCUAACAUGAAUUACAAGGAACUACAAGCUUUAGUGUUCUCCUAUUUUGUUGAAUCAAUGGGAGGAGCAGAGCAUGGACACGGUGGAGAGGCAGCCCACGGUGAUUUCAGGGCCAAGGUGUGGAGCAUGACUGGCGGCCCAUACUGUAGACCCAAGCACUGGAAGCGCAACACGGCCAUUGCCAUGGCUGGGGUCUUCCUUAUAUGCAUUCCUAUUGCCAUGAAAUCCGCCGAGCUUGAGCAACGUCCUCAUCAUCCUGUUCGCCCAAUUCCUUCCCAGCUCUGGUGCAAGAAUUUUGGAACCAAAGACUACUGAAGUUGUUCAGGAUCACCAAGAGGAAAAGUACUUGUUGAGGUCUUUGGCAAAGAUCUGCUUGUAUUUUUCCGAGCUUUAUAUGACUUGCUUUGGUAAUGUUUUCAAAGAUUUGAAUCUACUUUUGGAGUGUAUAUUAUCAUGAUUAUAUUACCAAUAAGCUGCAGAAUGCCAUGCUUCUUGUUUUCAUAAAGACGUUAUAACUUUAUAUUGGAUUGUGUUAUUGAUAUUGCUUUCA